AUGAAGAUCAACGAUCAGACCAAGUUUAUUGUAAUCAACAGGCAGUCGAACUCCUUGUACUCUCUGAUCGCUGAUGGGCAAUACCGCAGCACCUCACUUGGCCGUGGCACGUGGAAGUCAUUGAUUGGUUCUGAGGCCUCCUUGCAGUCCAACUGUAACAAGGAAGGAUUUAACGUCGAAAGCGACAUGCCGUCUUAUGGUAAAGUAAGAAUCGGUAUCCUUGGUGACGAUAGACCCGGCUGCAGUACCUGUGACUCCAGAAUUGGAUUUGGUACUGGAGGGCGGCAUGAUUACAACAACACAUGUGGAAACGAAGCAUGGAACGGGGCUGAUAAUGGUAACAAGCACAUCAAGGCCAUGGGGUACAUCUUGGUGCAGUGA